AUGUAUAUUGCAAAAAGGACCCGGCAACCCCAUGACAUCGUCCAUGUGGAAAUCUGGAUGGGAGAAGGAGAACGCAGCCUCGGAGCCAGGUGGAAAGCAGGCAAAGCUCAGGUCUUUGACUCCUACAAGUUUGUCUCAAAGACUUACGGAAACAUAGAGUACCACUUCAAGUCGAUCGAAACAUGGCUGCAAGGAGUCUGCAUCAGCCAUUGUCCGGAGCAUAAGUGGGCAUCGGCUAGACCAUUGCCCAGAAGGAAAUCGAUCUUCUCCCCUUUGAACAAGCAAGGGGAACUCGCCGAAGAGGAUGCUGAUGCUCAGAGAAGUACAUCUGAGUCACCACGGGGAAACGAGAAAACGGCGCUCAAGGUAGAAAGCAUGGAGGAAUGCGCCAGUCACUGCGGACUGAGCACCAGCAAGCAAAUGGAGGCCCUGGAUCUACAGGGUCUUUCCAGAGAAGGUUCCCCGGUCUCCAGAAGAAAUGACUCGAACCCAGAUCACAUGACAGAGGUCAGCCAAGGCCAAUGUCAAUCUUUACCCAUAAGCACCCCCCUGGAGACUGGAGGUUUGAGCGCGGAAGGCAGUGGCACUUCGUUUGAGGGAAACGUGUCCCAAGAGAGAGGGUCUAAGGGGCAGCCUCUGGAGCCGGAACCGGUGGCUCAGGGCCAGCAGGCCGAUGUGGGUGCUGCACCCUCGGAACCGAUUCGGGACUUUGUCAACAUGGCCAGAAAGUCCCGUUCCGCCUCCAAGGUCAUCUCCAAGGGACUCUUAGUGGGUGCCAAGCGAAACAAGAAAGGCAGAGCCGGAAUGCAGAGAAUGCAUCAGCACACGGAUGGACCUCCAUCAGCGGAUGCAGGAUGGAUAGAUGAACGAUCUUUAGAAAGCCGUGGGAAAGCCGCCGCCCUCCGCUUAGGCUUCCAGUGGAACCCGCUGUACUCUGAAACAGGUGAGGCUUUGGGCGGGCUCGUGAACAUCUGUCGGCAGAGCCAGGACGGCGAGCGCGGUGCCGCGAUCCGUCUGCUUCCUCCAGGCAGGCGUCCGUCGGCUCGUUCGGAGCCAGAGAAGGCCUGUGUUUCUAACUCAGCCGAAGGGGAGCUGACGAAUGAAACCCAGUCCAAAGGGAACAAAGCCAUCCAGAAAGCAUCGCUACGAAUGAACCCUCCCGAAGAAAAGAAGCCAGAAGAAGCUCCUGGGCCGGGGCCAUUCUUCUACAUCGGGGGAACAAAUGGCGUCGACAUAGUGAAUAUCUACUGCAAGAACAAAGGGUGGCAGCGAAUCUGUGACAACCGCAGGGAGGACUACAUCCUGAAGUGGUGUGAGACCAAAUUUCGGGACACCUAUUGCAACUUCAGGGAAGGGGAACAGCUGCUUUAUCAGAUCGCGAACAACAAGCUCCUCACCACAAAGAUCGGUCUUUUGGUGAACCUCCGGGAGUAUGAGCGGGUGAUGAGGAAGAUCUCCCGGAAUACAAAGUUAUUGAGAAUGGAGGAUUUUUUUCCUGAGACUUUCCGCCUGGACACCAAAGAUGAGAGAGAACUCUUCUUCGCAAUCUACACAGAGCCCCACAUUUGGAUCUGCAAGCCAACCGGCUCGAACCAAGGCCGAGGGAUUUUCCUCCUGAAAACCCAAGAGGAGAUCAAAAACUUGCAAAUCAAGCUGCAGGCCAUUGAGGACGACCCCAUGUAUAAGAAACUGCCGUACAAAAUCCCCCAGGCAAGGAUCGUGCAAAGGUAUAUUGACAGGCCGCUGCUGCUUGCGGGAAAGAAGUUCGACGUCCGGUCUUACCUCCUCAUCGCCUGCACGGUGCCAUACAUGCUGUUUUUUGGUCAUGGGUACGUCCGCCUCACCUGCCUCAACUACGACCCUACGUCGGAUGACCUCACUUCUCACCUGACCAACCAGUAUGUGCAGAAGAAGAAUCCCAUGUACACCCACGUCAAGGAAGAGACGGUGUGGCGGAUGGACCGCUUCAACAGCUACAUCAACGAGCGCUUCCGGCACGCCAAAGGGCUCCCCAAAGACUGGGUCUUCAACAACUUUACUAAGAGAAUGAAGGAAAUCAUGUUGCAGUGUUUCUUGGCCGUCAAGUCCAAACUGGAGUGCAAGCUGGGCUACUUCGACCUGAUCGGCUGCGACUUCUUGAUCGACGAAGACUUCAAGGUGUGGCUGCUGGAGAUGAAUGCCAAUCCUGCUCUGCAUACCAACUGCAGUGCUUUGAAGAACAUAAUUCCUACAGUGGUGAAUGAAACUCUGGAUUUGGCGAUCGAGAUCUUCACAAAGAUCCAGAAGGGCCAGGGGAUCCUGCCCUUGGAUUCGCUCAGACACUUCGUGCUGCUCUACAACGGGAUGUCGUCUGACAACGGGCCCCCUCGGCCCACCAAGAGCAGGACUUCCCUCCGUUCUUUGCGCGGCCACCAGUCGCAGAACGAGAGCAGCAGCAACACCGCCGGCACGGCCAAUUCCGUCAGUGGCAGCGUCGGCAGCAACCGGGUGGCAGAGAGGCAGGUGCCCAAACCUUUGGAGAAACCUCCUCGGAUUGAACUGUCUGGCCCUCCUGAAGGGAUCACCUUCCCGCCGAACAAGGCUGUCCCCCGAAAUACUCUCCCUAUGCCUCAGAUCCAGAUAUCCAUCGUCCCCAACCUCGCCAGUUGCCCCUCAGUGAAAGCCGUCUUCCGGGGUAACCACCUCUUUAGCAACGGGAACCAAUAUAUCAUCAAACACGCACCGGAGCUGGAUCGGCAGCCCGUGGGGCCCACCAAGGCCGAAAGCGGCGACGAGAAGGCCAAAAACAACCCUUUGGCUCUGGCCAGCACCGCUUCCAAAGACAGCUCCUAUGCCACGUGGUUCCACCAAACGUUCGGCACCAAAUUCCCGGCGACCGCCGGCAAGCUGGCCAGCAUCCCCUUGACCAGCUCUCAGAUGGUCUCCCUCCAUCUGCAGUCCAACAUCCCUCCAAACGUUCCCGCACUCCAAGAACCUGCCAAACUCCCCCAUCAGCUCGCCACCCACACCAAGCUGUCGACGGAGAACAGCAAGGCGGCGGUGGCGGCAGGAAACUGCCGCUACGGUGAUUCGCUCCCAGAAGAUAAGAAGGCCUCGCACCGUGGCUCCUAA